AUGCCCACUCAGGAGGAGACAAAGAACCUGGAGGUCGUCCAGGAGUAUUUCACCGAGUAUUGGGGCAAAGGCAACCCUGAGAUCGCCGACAAGCUCUGCGCUGAUAACUUCGUCAUCAACUACCCAAUGCACGGCCCACGAUAUGGGAAAGAGAAUGCCAAGAAGAUGCUAUCCGAGUUCAAAGAGGCAAGGAGAUCCAUACAAAACUCUCAACGUAUCGGCGCUUUGGAGAAGGCGAAUACGGGGAAGAGGAUGUACUUCUCUGGAACGACGAUCUUCACUCUUAGGGAUGGGCUUAUUGUGGAUGAGACUGGAGAGGAGGGAGCUUUGACAGCUCUUCAGCAACUUGGUUUGGUUGAGCAGCCGAAUCCUGGGAAAGAGGUCAAGUACCUCCACGAGUAA